AUGGGAUACGACUACAAGCUCGCCAACGCCGAGGGAAAGUCGAUAGUCGGCCUCGAAGUGACCUACCCACCCAACAGUUCCACCCCUCCCCACCGACACGUCGGCGCCACGGUGGUGGUGAACAUCGUUGAGGGGAUAUUUCUCAGCGGCAUGAAUGGGAAUCCGCCAAAGCUGUAUGACGUCGGAGAAAGCUUCAUGGAGCUGCCCGGCUGUCACCAUACAGUGGGAGAAAACCCCAGCAGUGAAAGUCGAGUGGUGUUUGUUGCUGUCUUCAUUGUGGACACCAAGGUCUUGGAAUCGGGAUACGAAGCCCUCACUGUGCUGGAUGAGGGGUAUUGA